CACUCGCAGGGGAGGGGCUCUGCAGCAAUCUGAGCAGCCGUAGCCCGCAGGAAAGCACCGGGGUCAAACGCUGAGCCGUCCCUCUGGCUCCCUGCACCAUCGGUGGGAAGGCGCUACGAGGGUGGGGGAGGGAGGAAGGAGCGAAGCCUCGUCUGGGCUCCAGCCUGCUGAGGAGGCAGCAGCAGCCGGCGAUGGCUCAGGCUGCAGCGUGAGGGGCGCCCCGCGUGCGGCUGCAGGACGGAGAGGGGCGAGAGGCGGCUCCAGCCAUGGCCGAGACGGAGGGCGGCACCGCAGCUGCAGUUUCCACACCUGCUUACUCAUCCCCAGCUAAAAGUUUAGGCGAUCCAGGAAUAACACCAUUGUCUCCAUCACAUAUUGCGAAGGACUCUGAUGCAAAUGACGCUGUAGAACAGUCAUUCCUUGUUGUUGUGGCUAUUGAUUUUGGCACGACAUCCAGUGGCUACGCCUACAGCUUCACCAAGGAGCCAGAAUGUAUUCAUGUAAUGAGGAGAUGGGAAGGUGGAGAUCCUGGUGUAUCCAAUCAGAAGACUCCAACUACUAUCCUCUUAACGCCAGAAAGAAAGUUUCAUAGCUUUGGUUAUGCAGCAAGAGAUUUCUACCAUGACCUGGAUCCCAAUGAAUCCAAGCAUUGGUUAUAUUUUGAAAAGUUUAAGAUGAAGCUACACACCACUGGUAAUCUCACCAUGGAAACAGAUCUGACAGCUGCAAAUGGGAAAAAAGUCAAAGCACUUGAAAUAUUUGCUUACGCCCUGCAGUUCUUUAAGGAACAGGCAUUAAAGGAGCUCAGUGACCAAGCUGGCUCAGAGUUUGAAAACUUUGAGGUAAGAUGGGUCAUUACAGUGCCUGCUAUUUGGAAACAGCCCGCAAAGCAGUUUAUGAGACAAGCCGCAUACAAGGCAGGAAUGGCAACUCCUGAAAACCCCGAGCAGCUGAUAAUUGCCCUGGAACCUGAGGCUGCUUCCAUCUACUGCAGAAAGCUCCGCCUUCACCAGAUGAUAGACCUGAGCAGCAAAGCACCUGUCAAUGGUUAUAACGCUAGUGACACCAUAGGAGCUGGAUUUACACAGGCUAAGGAACACAUACGUCGUAAUCGGCAGAGCCGCACCUUUUUGGUGGAAAAUGUCAUAGGAGAGAUCUGGUCCGAAUUGGAGGAAGGUGACCGGUACAUAGUUGUUGACAGUGGAGGAGGUACAGUUGAUCUCACUGUCCAUCAGAUCAGGCUACCUGAAGGACAUCUGAAGGAACUGUACAAGGCAACUGGUGGGCCAUAUGGUUCUGUAGGCGUUGACUAUGAGUUUGAAAAACUCCUAUGUAAAAUAUUUGGAGAGGAUUUUAUUGAACAAUUUAAAAUCAAGCGUCCUGCUGCUUGGGUGGAUCUUAUGAUAGCAUUUGAGUCUCGUAAAAGGGCAGCGGCUCCAGACAGAACUAAUCCACUGAAUAUCACUCUGCCUUUCUCCUUCAUUGACUAUUAUAAGAAGUUUCGAGGUCACAGCGUGGAACACGCCUUAAGGAAAAGCAAUGUGGAUUUUGUCAAGUGGUCCUCCCAAGGAAUGCUAAGGAUGAGUCCAGAUGCAAUGAAUGCCCUUUUCAAACCUACAAUUGACCAGAUCAUUCAACAUCUUAGUGAUCUGUUUGAAAAGCCAGAAGUAACCAAUGUCAAGUUUCUGUUCCUGGUGGGUGGAUUUGCCGAAGCCCCUUUACUCCAACAAGCUGUCCAGAAUGCUUUCGGUUCAAAAUGUCGAAUCAUCAUUCCCCAGGAUGUGGGCCUCACUAUCCUCAAAGGCGCCGUCCUUUUUGGCUUAGACCCUGCUGUCAUCAAAGUGCGACGUUCCCCUCUGACCUAUGGGGUGGGGGUCCUGAAUCGGUUUGUGGAAGGAAAGCACCCGCCGGAGAAGCUGCUGGUUAAAGACGGCACACGAUGGUGCACUGACGUCUUUGACAAAUUUAUCUCGGCCGACCAAUCUGUAGCUCUUGGAGAAACAGUGUCGCGCAGUUACACGCCUGCCAAGCCCUCCCAGUUAGUAAUAGUGAUCAAUAUCUACAGCUCGGAGCAAGAUAAUGUCAGUUUCAUCACCGAGCCUGGAGUGAAAAAGUGUGGCACUCUUCGUCUGGAUCUCACAGGAACUGAGACUUCGGUGCCAACUCGGAGGGAGAUCAAAACGCUAAUGCAGUUUGGGGACACUGAGAUUAAAGCCAUGGCCAUUGAUGUUGCCACUUCUAAGAGUGUCAAAGCUGGUAUUGAUUUCUUAAAUUACUAAAAGUCCCCUCUCACCAUAGUCCAUCUACGAAACUCUUAUUUCAAUGUUCCAUUUUCUGACUUUCAUAUAUGACACAAUCCACUUGAAUUUCAGCAGGCUAGAUGAGAACAGCCAAUAGGUAGAGAUAUAUCAAGGUUUAUUUUCCUCUUAAAUGAUCUAGUGAGAUUUUCAAAAGUCCUAAGGGAUUUAUGAGCACAAGUCCCAUUGAAAGUCAAUGUUCCUAAAUCACUUAGAUGCAUUUGAAAAUCCCACCUCUAUUAAAUAGUACAAUCUGUUGUCACGUGCUAAAGAUUAAGCUGAAGAUUCCCAAAUGGUUGCAAAAAUUUACCUACAGGAUUGUUGUGGGGAUUGGUUAUUUGAUCAGCACUGUCUUCUGACUAUGAGAACACAUCACUUUUUGACAGUGUUCAUUUGUUUUAGAUAUUUUGGCCAAGUUUUCCAAAUCUGGAUGCCUAAAGUUAGGCUUCUAAAUCUGUAUUUAGGCACAUAAAGAAUAGAGACCUGAUUUUCAAAGAUGCUGACCACCCACAUCUCCCACUGACUUCACUAGGAAUGGACAAUACUCACCAGUUGGGAAAAAUCAGGGCUCUUCUGUGUUAGGUGUCUGCCUAUGGAUUUAGGAGCCUAAUAUUAAGUCCUCCAGUUUGAAAAUGUCUGCUUUUAUUUCUAAAGCUCAUAUUUAUAUAAAAGUUAACAGCUGUUACCCUGGUUUAGAUUUGAAAAUUCUCUGAUAACAAAGAAACUUUCCAUUUUAGGGUUUUUUAAUCAGUAUUAAUCUGAAAUCUAUGAUUACAUUUUUUGACAAGUUAAUCCACUGUUUUAUCAUUUUGGAAGAGUGCUCAGUUGAGGACUUCCCCAGAAGUGAAUACAAGUGAAAAAGGGAAAAUUUUCUGGAUCAAUAAUAUUAUAAAUUUUAAAGUAAACAUUUCAGUUGAACAAAAUA